GCCUUCCAGCACACUCUCACCCAGCAGUGGCCAAAGACAACAUCAGCAAGCAACAAUGAAGUUUCUGGUGUUUGCACUCCUAGUGGCUUUAGCUUGCGCUUCCGAGAUAGAGAAGCGAGAGGCGGAGCCAGGUUAUGGAGGAUAUGGCCACGUGAGCCACCAUCAUCGUCCUUCCUAUGGAUAUGGCUAUUCUAAUCACUAUCAUAAGCGAUCUGCUGAUCCAGAGCCUGAGGCUGAACCUUCCUAUGGCUAUGGCUCUUCUUAUGGGUAUCGACCAGUCACUUAUGACCACUCUCACCGCUAUCACAAGCGGUCUGCUGAUCCUGAGCCAGAAGCUGAACCUUCCCAUGGCUAUGGCUCUUCCUAUGGGUAUCGCCCAGUCACCUAUGGCUACUCUCACCGCUAUCACAAGAGGUCUGCUGAUCCUGAGCCAGAAGCUGAACCCUUCCUACAGCUAUGGCUCUUCUUAUGGCUAUCGCCCAAUCACCUAUGGCUACUCUCGCCGCUAUUAUGGAUAAGUACAUCGUCAGCGCAAAAGGUCUACUGAUCCACAGCCAACGGCAAAACCUUCUCCCAGUUAUAGGUUCUGACAUACUUGUAAUUAUUCUCGUCUAGUCUACUACUGUCCAUCCUAUAACUACUAGCCAAAGAGGAAAGACACAGAUGUCUAUAGCUAGCAAUAGAUUUUCAUAUUUUUGUUAGUUCAUGAAUGCUCUGCAACUUCGACGAAAUAAUAAAGUAUUAAUACUAUACAA